AUGGUCUCAAAUGACCAAGAUUUCGAUCACCCAAUCAUUGGGAAAGUGAAGGGCAAAGCAUCCGACGGAGUAAUCCAGUUCCUCGGCCUCAAGUAUGCUACUCUACAGCACUGGUUCGACAAUGCGAAGCUUGUCCAGUACGAUGGCAGUGGACUCAACGCUACACGCCACGGUCCGCAAGCCGUAUCCGACCCAGACGGAGUGAAGAAUGAACACAUGAUCAUUCAGAAGUCGCUCCCAAUACCCGAGUUCCCCGGUCUCUCGGGGACCGAGAGUCUCAAUCUGAAUCUCACAGCGCCCCUGGAGAUUGGUGACCUAAAGCAAGUGCCAGUUCUGGUUUUCAUUCACGGCGGAGGGUUCGGCACGGGAUCCAACUGGUGGCCUCAGUAUGAUACCAAGCGCAUAGUCCAACAUUCAAACAAGCUUGGGAAGCCCAUCAUCGCCAUCAACAUCAAUUACCGCCUCGGAAUUCCUGGAUUUCUGACAUCUGAGGAGCUUCGCAAAGAAGGAUUCAAGAGCAAUCAAGGUCAUCAUGAUCAGAGGGUGGCUUUGGAGUGGGUGGGAAAAUACGUGUCGGGAUUCGGGGGAAAUCCUCAGAGUGUGACCGUUGUAGGUGAAAGCGCUGGUGGCAUCUCGGCGGGCCGUCUAUUAUACUCUGAGAAAGCUCUUGCCUCUCAACUCAUUAUCUUGGGAGGCUCGCCGCCGUCCCUCGCACCCCUGGAGCUCGGUGUGGCUGAGCAGGCGUACAAAGGCGUUGUAAAAGCUUUGGGAGCUGAAGAUGUGAGUUCGAGUGAACGUAUCAAGAUCUUGUCAAGGGCGUCCCCCGAAGAGCUCUCCUCGAAGAUUGGCAGAAGCCUUCCUUUCCUGCCGGUUCUCGAUGAAGAAACAGUCCCGUUCGUGCCGACGUUCGAGACGGCGUCAGCUGGGAAGCUAAUUCCCAAGACAACAUCUUGUAAAGCUAUCAUGGUCGGGUACGCCCCCUUGGAUGCGAGCAUAUUUGGGUUUAUGGGUCUCUUCCAGCGAAAGGAGAACAUCGCAGCCUCGUUCACGCAAAUCAUCAACACAGCUCUGUCACACCAUGCGGGCAUUGCUGCGCAGAUUCUGCAGGCAUACGACAUUAAUGACACCACAAACGACGAUGAGGCUUUCAUCCGAGUUCUGCAAUUCGCCUCUGAUAUUGGAUUUCGGGCAACGGCAGAGUCAUUUGCCAACAGCUUUCACGGCGACUCCUAUUUGUUGGAGUUUGCCGAGCCCAAUCCGUGGGAAGGGCCAUUUAGGGGCUACAGCACCCAUGUCCUCGACGUGGCAUUCCUCUUCCAAAACUAUAAGGAACAUCUUGGAGAGGAGCAGCGAAAGUCCGCCGAAUCAUUUGUCACCGACAUAGUUGACUUUGUUCAUGGUCAAGCUCCAUGGAAGCGGUUUCAAGAUGCCGGCGGGCGGGUGGUGUACCAAGAUGGGACGAGAGCUUACAAGGAGGCCGGGGCUAGCACGGCAGGAUAUGAUUUGCUGCUCAAGUUGGGUGAAAAGAUUGGGCUGGACACACUACUGAAGGGUUGGGAGGCAUUCCUGUUCCAUCAAUAG